AUGCCGUAUCCACGCACGCCGUACGGCUACGUUCCGACGAUGUGGAUAUGUGGGCUCUUCGUUGCACUGUUCGGGGUGUCGGGCAUAAUACACCUCGCUCAGGCUCUUCGCUGGCGUGUUUACUGGAUGAUCCCCACGAUGGUCAUUGGUUGCCUCGGGGAGGUCCUAGGAUGGUCGGGUCGUCUAUGGAGCUCGAAAAACCCAUCUCUGCUCACCCCUUUCCUCAUGCAAAUCACGACCACUAUCAUCAGCCCAUCGUUUAUGAGUGCUGCCAACUUUACUAUUCUCGGGAGAAUCAUCGACCGUCUUGGCUAUCGGUAUAGCUGGUUGACGCCGACAUGGUAUCUUAUUAUUUUCAUUACCCUGGACACUAUCAGUCUUGUUAUUCAAGCCAUUGGAGGGGCAAGGGCCAGUCAAGCUGCGGAGACGGGCGGCGAUCCAGAACCUGGAGGAGACAUCAUGCUCUACGGUAUCGUCACGCAGAUUAUUGCCUUGGGCAUCUACGUGAUUCUGGGCGCCGACUUUCUCGUUCGAUACUUUCUCGACAAGCCCACGCGCAAGUUGACAUUGAAGAGGAGCACUAGUAGCGAUACUCGUCUGGAUGAGCAGACGACCUUGGAGCGUCCCACUCUGGAACGAAACGUCAAGCUCAUGGUACUUGCGCUCGUGCUCAAUACAAUCUUCCUCUUGAUCCGAGGCGGAUACAGGACUGUCGAACUCCAGGACGGGUGGACUGGUCGGAUCAUCACCAACCAAAGCCUAUUCAACUUGCUCGAUGGAAUGCCGAUCGUGCUCUGCACAUUUAUAUUCAAUAUUCUUCACCCAGGGUAUCUUCUCCGUGAUACACCGUUGGAGAAGACCAAGGCAUAG